AUGAGCGCGGCAGCUAUGACUAGCACCAUGUACGGUAGUGAAGUCCAGGUCAUUGCAUCCUCCGGCGGCAACUGGGUCAAUCCAGAGAACGUACUUGAAGGCUACCUUGGAGAUGCCAAGUCGGUGGUGGUUAUAGGCUCGACGACCGGAAAGCACACCGACUGGAUCUGCGCGUACAAUUGGGUGACCAACAGCGCACCGCCCCCCGGCUCUAAGAUCGAUGGCGUCGAGAUCGUUGCCACUGGCAAAAAGAGCAGCACCGGCUACACGAUCAAAGUGUCAGCCCAGCUCCGCAGGAGUCUGGCCGUGCUAGGGUCCAAGAGCGACUUUGCGACACUCACGACUUACGAGUCUCAUCACACGGCUGGUGGCGCAACAGACAUGUUGGGCACCAGCCUUAAGCUCACAGAGGUCGACUUUCCAUUUCUCCAAGCUUGCAUCCGCUACACCGGCGCCCAAUCGUGUCCGUCAUCGUGUUCCCGCGACGUGAUGCUCGACCGCAUCCGGCUCAAAAUCUACUACUCGGUCGACACAGCAAGAUGCACCCCGCCGAGCAUGUCAGGUGGGACAUGGAACUCGCCAUGUGACGGUCCCGUCCAGAUCGAUCAGCUGUGCCAAGCUGUUACCUCGAAUGGGUACGUGCUCUCCGGAUCCGAGUUUGCAACCUGUACAGCUUCCGGCGCCAUGUCCCGUGUAGUCACCUUCAACAAGAUCGACAACUACUGUGCCAUUCCGUCGUCGUCGAGUAUCAAGUUCGACACACCCUGCACUGGCCGUGUUGACGAGUCUUGCCAGCCGUCGUGUGCAUUGGGCUGGAGCGUGGCCAACACCCAUGUGAUCACCCGCACAUGUCAGCCUUCAACACCGUCGUCAGGUGUGUGGGACACCAAUCCAUGGACUCCGCAAUGCACGACCAAGAUUGCCAGCUACUGCCCUGACAUCGAAGCGUCAUCGCCAACUCAGUACGGCUCUUAUGCCUGCACCGGGCGGCGGCUGGACGACACUUGCACGCUCAGCUGUAACUUUGGCUACAGGACCACUGCCGCGUCACCACCUCCCCCGCUCUCGGUCACAUGUGUUGCGUCAACGAGCUCUGUCGGAACCUGGAACGAUCCAUCACUGUACGCAUGCGAGAUCAAGCCCGACUACUGCGCCGAUGACAUGCCGGGCUCCGGCGUGGUCUCGAUGGAGACGGGCUGCGCUCGCACACUCGGCGCCUCUUGCCGGCCAAAGUGCUUGGCCGGCUAUGGCGACCCCAACAGCUACCUUUGCUCCGCUGGCAACGCCGCGUUAGGAACGUGGGGCGGCGGCUCCUCCGCUAUAUGCGGUCUUCUCAACCCGUACUGUGACUCGCGGUUCAACUCGGUGCCGACCAACGGAGCAGCUGUUGUCAAAUCUGACGAGCAGCAGAUCAACUCGAUCCUCACCCUCACCUGCAACUUCGGGUACGAGGCUGAUGCCAAUGGCAACACCCGCCACGGCGUGGGCUGCGUCCUGAAACCCGGGUACUGCUCGCCGCUGGCACAGGCGUUGUCGCCAUCUCCACCCGGUCGCGGGGCUCCGACCGCAGGCUGUGAGGGCAAGCUCGGCGAGAGCUGCACCUUUAUCUGCGAUGAUGGGUUCGUCGACGUCAGCACACCGCCGUACACCUGUCUGCUCAACGACGCCACAGGUGUGUGGGAUGGCACUCCAUUGUGCGACUACAAGAGCAACUACUGCGCCAGCCUUGGCACCACUCCCAACGGCGUUGUUUCGUACGUGCCGACUUCGCGUCAGUUAGGUACUAUUGCCUCGCUUGAUUGCGACCAUGGGUACGCAACGGUUGGGACUGUGUCCCGGACAUGCGACGCGUUGUCGUCGAGCUCCGGGCGCUGGUCCGGCACGCAGAACUUUGCUUGCGAUCUCAUCGAGGACUACUGCACCCUCUUUGCAGUCGCCGACUUUACGUACGACCAGGGGUGUGACAACGAGCUCGGCGACACAUGCGCCGUCACGUGCUCGCUCGGCUACGCCAACACCAACGCCGCCUCGUCGCCGUACACCUGUCUUGCCAGCAAUGAGACUUCCGGCGUGUGGUCAGGAGCGCCGUCGUGUGAGCUCAUCGACGGCUACUGCAGCACUUUGCCGUCGGUUCCAAACGCCGCGCCUAUUGCGUACACGAACAACCGUCGCCUCGGUGCCACCGCGUCACUCUCGUGCAACACCGGGUACGUCGCAGUCGCCACGCCGGGCACCACCAAAACGUGCCAGGCUGAUACCGCGGCGAGCGGCACGUGGUCGGGCUCGGGCAACUUUGAAUGCGUCAAGAUCGUCGAGUACUGCCUUGCGCUUACUGGUGCGGACGGUUCCGAGGACAGCCCGUGCUCACACAAGGUUGACGAGCUGUGCUUCUUCAACUGCGAUGACGGCUACUUUGAUACAUCGGACCCAGCGGGCUCGGGCUACACCUGCGAAGCGAGCGGCCCAAGCGUUGGCAUGUGGUCGGCGCUGCCAGAGUGCACCACCAUCAGCAACUACUGCCCACAGCUACCCGUUCCUGCCAACGCAGCAUCGAUGGUCAACACGUCCCGUAGUCUCGGCGGCGUGGCAAGCCUGGUGUGUGCCAACGGCUAUCAGCCCGUAGGCGUGACAAGCCGCACGUGCGAGACCAACGGCGAGGUGCAGGGCAAGUGGUCGGGCAAUGUCGAUUUUGGGUGUGCCAAGAUCCCCGUCUUUUGCACGCUUCCAUCUGACAUCCACGGCGCUGGUGCGCUAGACGGACCGGUUGGGAUUUCAUGCGGCUCUGAAAUCGGGGACGAGUGUCACGUCACCUGUGACCCUGGCUACAGGUCACAGGUCCUGGUCAACGCAUCGCGGACUUGUGCCGAUGUUGGGGGCCAGGGUCCCGGCAACGGGGGAUGGCUGCCGGCCGCGUUCCCAGUCCCGCUCUGCGUGCCGCUGCCGUGCCGGAACCUCCCGCUGCUGGGUAACGGGACGCUUGUGCCACAGUAUGGUGCCGUGACUCUCGACACGGUGGAUGCGACGUGCAACGAAGGCUACACGCUCGUCGGCGAGGCUGUGCUGGCGUGCGAAGCCGAUCCGCUUGACACCAUCUGGUCGGCGUGGUCGGCGCCGGUCCCGUACUGCGAGCCGAACAACUGUACUGCGUCCGAGGUUCCAGUCGACGGGUAUGUGGUGCCGUCGCUGGUGAUCUCGACGGACGCAUGGGUCUCGUACGGGUGUGAUCCGGGCUUUGAGCUGUGGGGCAACACCGCGCGGCGGUGCUUGCCGAGCGGCGAGCUCUCGGGAACGCUCCCUUCAUGUGAGCCUGUGCUCUGUCCGACCAACUUUACGGCGCCCGGCAACGGGACGAUGGUGCCCGGGAGCGGCGGGGCGGUGACGCGCGACUCGGUCACGUUUGCCUGCAACAACGGGUACUUUUUUGUGGGACAGACUGUGCGGACGUGCGAGCAGGGCAACGCGACGGUGCCCAAUGCGUGGUCGCACUCGGACUACCUCAAGUGCAUCGGCCAGCCGUGUUAUCCCAAACUCGAGGACCCUAUCAACGGGAAAGUCUCGACUCAUUUUGGCGAGUUCCAGGACAUCGCCCGCUACGAGUGCAACGCCGGCUAUGAGCUUAACGGCAACGUGACUCGGAUGUGUGCAUCAUGGGGUAACUGGACGGUCACACCGCCGGUCUGCGAUCCUCUUCCCUGUCCCACCGUCAUUCAGCCGCUGAACCAGGACAUGCUGUAUUUUGACUCUGACGAGAGCAAGACGGUGCUCGACGGCAUGACCACCGAUCUGCACCACGUCAUGUGCAAGGCUGGCUUUGUCUUUUCGCCGGGCGUUCAUGAGCUGGCGAUGCAGUGUUUGCCUGCGCCCAACAACCCGGCUUAUCCACUGGCCGUCGACUGGUUCCCUCAGCUGCUGACCUGCAUCCCGCUCGCCUGCCCGCCGCUGUCCGCACCAGCGAACGGGCAGGUCUCGGCAGCCGGCGGCGUGACCCGUGACACAGCGACGUAUACCUGUGAUCCGGGCUACUACAUUGCCGAGCGCGGCGACCAGAUGGUGUACCAGAUGACUGUCACCUGCCUCCCAGACACCCGGGCUCUCUCGCGAUGGUCGGAGCCGCAGCCGCGGUGCGUCAAGAUGCCCAACUACUGCCCGUCGGUCGGCCCGGCCGACAACGGGCAGAUCUCGCUCUCGGUCCCGUCGCCUAGCCUCGAGUGGGGCAACGACGAGUGGAUCACAGCGUCGGCAUGUACCGAAGCACUUGGUGAUGGAUGCGGCAAGUUUGUGUGCAACGCCGGGUUCCAGCGAGUCGGUCCGGCAACCAUCGAGUGUACCGUUGGCGCCCAGCAGGUCGGGCUCUGGUCGCCGGAGCUGCCGUCAGCGGCAGAACGGUGUGAGCCGUGCCCCGAGGGUACGUACAAGUCGUUCAGCGCCCGCGACGCAGCCGAGUGGCAAUGCAUCCCGUGCCCACUCGGCGGGUACUGCGCCGGCGGUGGGUCGAUCCCGAUCGCCUCGCCUGGUUGGUGGCAGAAUCCGGACACGGGCGGCUUCCUCACUUGUGUCCCGAUGACCAACUGUCUGCAGGGCGCGUGUCGGGGCGGACAUCGCGGGUUCAAGUGCGAGCUUUGCGAGAACGGGUGGUACAAGAAGGACGGCACCAACUGCGUGGUUUGUCCGCCGGCCAAGCAGGUGGUGUACCCGAUCCUGAUUGUGCUCGCGAUCUGUCUCUGUGUGCUUCUGGUCAAGCUCGCGCGCAAGUCGACGCACUACUUUGCGUCGCUGGCGGUAGGUGCUUCGUUCCUGCAAAUGAUCUCAAUCCUGCCGUCGUUUGGCAUCAAGUGGCCGAACUUUGUCAAGUCGUUCUUCAACGUCUUCCAGAUUCUGGCCCUCAACCUCUCGCAGUUUUUUGAGCCACAGUGCAUGGUGGACCAGGGCUCGUCGCCGUUCCUGCUGGUGUGGGCGAUCAAGAUGUCGCUUCCGCUCAUUUUCAGCGCCAUCUUCCUGUUUGGCGGCGGGCUGGCGAGCGUGUACUACCUGAUCCGCAAGUGCGUGCCGACCCGGAAACUGGAGCAGUGCUCGCCGCGGCUGGCGGGCUGGUUCCCGGAGCUGUCGAAGCUGGGACUCAAGGUGGUGCUCUGGUCGUGCCUCAAUGCCUUCCUCACCUGCUUGGUCCUCUGCUACAUUGUGCUUACGUCUGCGGCACUCUCGAUUUUCGGAUGCACCCGGCAGGCAGACGGGACGCUGACGAUGAACGCCGAGCCUGCGAUGACAUGCAAGAGCAAGACGUGGAACAACAUGGUGGCAGUCUCUGUUGUGGCGUUGCUCCUGUACGGAGUCGGCUUCCCGGCCACGGUGUUCUGGGUUUUGCGGACCCGGCGGUACUCGCUGUGGAAGGAGAAGAAUGUGAUCCGGUACGGGCUGCUGUACCAGCGGUAUCUCCGCAAGUUUUACCUGUACGAGCUCGUGCUCAUUGUGCGCAAGUUCCUGUUUGUGUUUGGCAAAGCGCUGUUCCCGGGCUCGCCGCAAGCACAGAUCAUCUGGGCCAUGUGCACGGUUCUACUGGGCUCGGGAGUGCAGUACGUGCUUGCACCGUUCCGCGACCGGCACAUCAACUGGCUGGAGCAGCUGCACCUUGUAUCUGCUGCGUUCAUUCUCAUGCUGGGAGUGGUGUUUGACGCGACAGCGUCCUCGAUGUCGGAGUCUGGACGGACCACGCUCGGGAUCAUCAUAAUCUGCGUCAUUGUCAUCAACAUUGUGGUGAUUGGGGUGGCGGUGGGCAUGGCGCUGCGUGUGCAGUACAAGCUGAUGCGACACGGGGUGUCGGGUGGGUACGCGUCGGACGAGCUGCGGGUCAUGCCGAUUUUCUUUAAGUUUGACAUGCGGAUUGUGGAGCGGCAGCGGAGGGUCACGCCGCACUCCAUCCUGUGGACGCUGGAGCUGACGACAAAGCGGCCACUGCCGCUGGCAACGACGCUGCUGCGCGACUCGAUUGCACUGGGUGCGACGGUGGAGGAGGUCUUGCACAACGUUGAGGGCGAGCCUGAGCGAUACGCCCGCGUGGAGCAGAGCGAGGAUCUGAUGACGACGUAUGCGUGGUACCUCAUCCCGUGCCGGGGAGUGUACUCGGCGCGACUGCUGGUCGACGGCGAGCGGGUGAGCGAGCUGGUGGCUCGGGGGACGUACACCGAGGACGAGCAGGCGGCGCUGGAGCAGGCGCUGUCGUCGGAGAACGCCGAACUGGCCAAGUUCCGGGCAUCGCGGCAGCGUGACACGCUGGGCGAGGUCGAGCUGCACGACACAGAGCGGGCCGGGGGCAAAGCUGGGAGCGCCGACGUCGGCAUUGUGGUGGACUUUUCGCUGGCGUCCGAGUUUGGCGUCCGCGAGUUCCAGCAGCUGCACACGCCGACGGCCGAGUACGCGAUGCUUGGCGCGAUGAUGGCGUCGCCGGUGCAGUAUGUGCUCGACGCCGGGCGGGCGACGCAGUUUGCGGUGAGCGUGCCCAAGGCGUCAGGCUUGUACCUAUUUGAGCACGCUGACGGGUUCGGCAGUGAGCUCGGGCGCGAGCGAAGCUACGAGGAGCUUGCGGAGGAGUUUGAUGCCGCGACGGCGAUUCCGAUGUUCAUUUCGAGCACCGAGUACCGGGUGCAGACACUUGUGGUCCGUGAGGGCUUUGUGAGUGUAUGGGCCGAGCUUCGUUCUGAAGAGAGUCUGCAGAACUGGCGCGGACUGGACGUGCAGGCCGAGACGCGGUACGCGCUGCUGACCAAGUUCAAGGUGCUGCCGCCCGGAGCUGGGAUCUCGCAGCUGAGCGAGCUGGAGCAGUUCCGCGACGAGACGUCGCGGCGGCUGGCGCGCGAGGCGGUGUGGUCGGCGCACCUCGGGACGGUUGUGGAGCAGGACGGUGAGUGUGUUGAGCUGGCGGUGUUUGCGGACGACGGAGCCAGUGCUGUUGAGCGCGUGCAGCAGAAGCAGUUUGAUCCGACGGCGAUGUUUGCAAGCAGUGCUGCGCCGAGUCCAGAUGCCGGCAGUGAUGGGAUCGAGCUCGCGCCUGUCGCGCCUGCGGCUGCUCCUCCCGCACCUCGCGACGCGUCUCCCGCUCCACCUGCGUCGCCAGUGUAG